AUGGAUCUACCCGUGGAAGAAGUUGUUCAAGUUCAGUCAGUUUUCAAUCCGGCAUCCUACAAUCUACCACAAUUUAAGUUUGCUCAUCUGCCACCGUCUGAGGUUAGGAAAGCUUGGACUAGAUGGAUCCGGUGGUUUGAAAACGUGAUGACCGCAUCAAACAUCGAAGAUGGUAGGAGUCGCAAAGCUCAAAUGCUUGCAAUAGGAGGUAUAGAACUUCAAGAUGUAUUCUACGGUAUUCCCGGGGCUGAUGAUGUCGAUGUUGAUUACCCAAAUGUAAACCCUUACGAGAAGGCAAAACAGAAGCUGGAGGAACAUUUUUCUCCCAAACAACAUGAGAGCUUUGAACGAUUUCAGUUUUGGUCCAUGUUACCAGCCGAUGAUGAACCAAUUGAGAAAUUUCUGUUGAGAGUGCAGCAGAAAGCAGAAAAAUGUUUUUUCGGUAAAACUGAGCAACAAUGUCGGCAGAUCGCGAUUAUGGACAAGGUUAUUCAAAACUCAUCUGAAGAGCUAAAACGGAAAUUGCUUGAAAAAGAAGAUCUUACAUUCGACGUCGGGACGAAGAUCAUCAACGCAUAUCAGUCAAUAAACCAACAAGCGUCUUUGAUGAAAAUGGGAUCAAGUCAGAAGGCGGAGAUAAACCGUGUAUUCGUCAAUAAGCAAAGGGUUCCGUAUUACAAAGACUCCGGAAAGCCAGCAUACAGAGAAAGAUGUUCCCGCUGCGGUAGAAUGAAGCAUAGCGAAAAGGAGAAAUGCCCGGCCUUCGAUAAAUCUUGCCAUCUUUGUCGCAAUUUUGGUCAUUUCCAGACCAUGUGCAAAGCAAAUGUCGAGCGAACUGUAACCAAACGAAGGCACUCUCCACAUCGGUACGGUCAAGACUCUAGACAUUUCAAACGAUCCAGAACGGUACGAAACAUCGAAGCUCGUGAUGGUGACGGGGUUAAACCGGAAGAAUUUCCUGUUUACAACAUCGCUGAUGAAGACGACGAGUUUAUUAAAUGUCGUGUGGGAGGAGUCGAAAUCGAAAUGCUCAUCGAUUCGGGGUCAACGCACAAUUUAAUUGACGACACGACGUGGGAGUUGUUGAAGUUAGGGGGUGCAAAGGUCUCUUCUCAAAGAUUUGACGAUUCUAAACGAUUCCUGGCCUAUGGUAGAGUACCAUUAAAGCUCUUGACAACAUUCGAUGCUGUCCUUGAUAUUAUGGAUGGACCUGAUGUAAUGUCAAUAGAAGCUACGUUCUAUGUGAUCGAGGGUGGACAACAAUCGUUGCUUGGUAAAGUAACUGCUCGCAAUUUAGGGCUUUUGCAGGUUGGAUUACCGAGUAGUUUUGGACAAAUCGUUAACCAUGUCAAAGAAACGAAAGUGUUCCCCAAGGUUAAAGAUUUUCAGUUAGUUUUGCCCAUAGAUCGCUCCGUUGCACCUGUUAUCCAACCGCUUCGUCGGUGUCCUAUCCCCAUUCUUGGUCAGGUGAAAGCAAAGCUUGAUGAACUACUGGAAAUGGGCAUUAUCGAACACGUAACUAAACCUACAUCCUGGGUAUCACCUUUGGUGCCAAUCUUGAAAGACAACGGCGAUCUGCGACUGUGUGUCGAUAUGAGGCGCGCGAACCAGGCUAUUCAAAGAUUGAACCAUCCUUUGCCUAUAUUCGAUGAUUUGCUAUCACGGUUCAGCGGAGCCAAGUACUUCACAACUCUAGAUAUCAAACAGGCAUUUCAUCAGGUCGAAUUAGCAGAAGAAAGUCGAGACAUCACAACGUUCAUUACAAACUGGGGCCUCUUUCGGUACACUCGACUGUUAUUUGGUGUGAACUACGCUCCAGAGUUUUUCCAGAAUCUCAUGGAAAGCAUACUGGCUGAGUGUUCUCAUACGGUAGUUUUCAUCGACGACAUAGUAAUUUGGGGAUUGACAGAACAGGAACAUGACGAUGCAGUGAAACAAACGCUAGAUGUGCUCAAAAAUCACGGCCUGUCACUCAAUGUUCACAAGUGUAAGUUCAAACAACAAGAAAUUCAGUUUCUUGGGCAUAAGCUUUCGGCAACUGGUGUACUCCCCUCCGAUGACAAAAUCAAAUCACUUUCUAGAUGUCGACCACCACGGAACAAGGAAGAGCUUCGAAGCUUCCUGGGUCUCGUCACAUAUGUUUCUCGCUUUAUUCCGAAUUUAUCAACAUCAAGUCAUCCUUUACGUGAGCUUUUGAAGAGCACUAGUAAUUUCCAGUGGUUGACAAAACAUAACGAGUGUUUUGAGAUGCUCAAGGAACGUAUCAGUAAUUUGGAGCAUCUGGGAUAUUAUGACCCGAGAGAUCAAACAAUCCUGGUGACGGAUGCAUCUGGAGUAGGACUCGGUGCAGUGUUAAUACAACUGAAGCAAAAUCAACCACGGGUCAUCAGCUAUGCGUCGCGAAGUUUGUCGCCUACAGAGCAACGAUAUCCCCCAAUAGAGAAGGAGGCACUAGGAAUUGUUUGGGGGGUUGAGCGAUUCAAAAUCUAUUUGUUGGGAAUAUCCUUUACGUUGGAAACGGAUCAUCGACCCCUGGAGGUCUUGUUCACAUCGAAUUCACGCCCAACAGCCAGAAUUGAACGGUGGAUGCUCAGGCUUCAAGCUUUCAAAUUUAGAGUCGUUUACAGAAAGGGUUCUUCAAAUAUCGCUGAUCCUCUAUCUCGGUUGGCAUCACAUAUGACAGAUCAGUCUUGGGAUAACGAAUCAGAAGUAUACAUAAGACGGACCAUGGCAGUUACGUUUUCUGAACUGAUAAACGAAUUUGAACAGUCGGAUUAUGAUCAGGGAACCGAAUGUGCUAUACGGUCGAUCCAAGAAACAGCAGCGAUAGACAUUUCAGAGGUAGCUGAAGCUACUGAUAAUGAUAGUGAGCUUCAGGCCGUAAAACUUGCUAUCAUGACUGAAGAUUGGUCAUCUGUCAAUGUGAAACAAUACUCAGUUUUUCGCUCAGAACUGUCGUAUGCAAACAGCAUUGUCAUGCGGGGAUUGAAGUUGGUUAUCCCAAAGAACUUGAGGGAAAGAAUGUUGAUGCUUGCUCAUGAAGGGCAUCCUGGUCAUUCUUCUAUGAAAAGACGGUUGCGAGAUCGAUGUUGGUGGCCGAAUAUGGACCAAGAUGCGAUAAAAGUGUGCGAGAAAUGUGAAGGAUGUCGAUUGGUACAGGUUCCUGAUGUUCCAGAGCCGAUGCAACGUAGAUCUCUACCGGUCAAGGCGUGGGUUGAUAUUGCCAUCGAUUUCCUGGGUCCAUUACCUUCAGGAGAGUACAUUUUAGUAGUAAUCGACUAUUUCAGUCGACAUGUAGACCUGGAAAUUAUGACCACUAUCACCGCCAAAGAAACGAUCAAAAGGCUGGACAAAAUCUUUCUACUCUGGGGUAAUCCGCGUACCAUAACCCUGGAUAACGCAAAGCAGUUUGUGGCAACUGACCUCGAUGACUACUGCAGAAGAAAAGGGAUCUUUCUUAACCAUACAUCACCAUACUGGCCUCAAGCUAACGGUGAGGUAGAACGGCAAAACCGUUCUUUACUAAAGCGAUUGAAAAUCGCUAACGCGCUCUAUGGAACCUGGCGGACGGCAAUGGACCGGUACUUAGAAAUGUAUAACAACACACCUCACAGUACCACCGGCAAAGCGCCCAAUGAGCUUCUUCAAAACCGUAAACUGCGCACAAAAUUUCCAGAACUUGAUGAUCUGUCUACGGCUAUUCCUUCAGCUGACUUCGUCGACAGAGAUAGAUCACAAAAACUUUCAGGGAAGGAGCGAGAGGAUGCUAAGCGUCGAGCUAAACCUAGUGACAUCGUGGUCGGAGACGUCGUACUUAUGCUAAAUCUACAUCCUACAAAUAAGCUCUCGACCAACUUCCUUAAGGAGAAGUUCUUGGUUGCAGAGCGAAAAGGAUCGAAGGUUCGCGUUGAAUCAUUGGAAACAGGCAAGUCAUAUGACAGGAACGUUUCGCACCUCAAGAAAAUUCUUGGCUCAUCAGACGAUGUCGAAGAGGUUGAGAUGCCAACUGCAGAUCCUAUUGAAGAGGCUCCUAGGCGGUCUGAGAGAUUGCGCAAGUCAAUGCGCCGUGCGCUUUAA